GCUGCAUAGUUUUUUUUUUUUUUCACUUUUAAAUGCAAUCAAUAUUUGCUUUAAAAAAAGAAGAGGACUUAUAUUCUAUAUUAAACUGUGUAGAUACCAGUUCGCCAGAACAAAUAAAAACUGAAUAUAGACGUUUAGCUCUUAUUCAUCAUCCUGAUAAGUCCCCUUCAAGCUCUAAAGAAUUUGAAAAGAUUAAAGCUGCAUAUGACAUUUUAGGCAAUUCAGAAAAGAGAGCACUUUAUGAACGUUGGAAAUCAAGUAAUCUUAUUAUUCCAUUUUCAGAUUUCAUGAAUUUGGGAACGCAUGCUCAAGUAUACUAUAUAUGCAUAUAUUAUUAAAUGAAUUUGUUGUUAACCGUUCUUAAAUUAGACUGUCCAUUGGCAAUCUCUACCUACUCAAAUGACCUUAACUGAUAAUGAAAAUAGUAGCAUUACAAAUGAUAGUAAUCUGAAA